AUGAGCGCAGAUGUCAUUUUUGCACGAGCGACGGAGGUCGCGGCGUCGACGCUCGCCAGCCAGCCAGCCAGCCAGCCACAAUCACUUGCGAGUCCGAAGAUGGAGCCCGGCCGUUCUGAGCAGCAACUUCACUUCCGCCCCAAGAGGACAAAGCGCGAAUGGAGACCGCUGGAGGAGCGAAGCUGUACUGACCUGCCCUGGUUCCUGCUCUUCCUCAUCUUCUGCGUCGGCAUGGGUAGCGUGUGCGCCUUCACGGUGGCGUCGGGGGGCGCGGCCCGCCUGCUCUCGGGUUACGACAGCUUCGGCAACACGUGCGGGCGCCGCAACCCGCCGUUGGACGGCGUCCGCCUCAGCGGCCUGGAUCACACCGACAGGAAGUUCGUCUUCUACUUGGACCCUUGCGACGUGGACAUCGUUCAGAGGAAGAUCAAGUCGGUGGCGCUCUGCGUGGCCCUCUGCCCCCCGCGAGCCCUCCGCACCUUUCAAGACCUCCAGAACUUCGCCGAGAUCAAUGGUUCCGAGUUGUGUUCGUACGAGUUAGCGGCUCACAAGUACGCCAGCGCCCCCGAGAGUUCGGCCAAGUGUCCCAAACUUCCCGUCCCGCCCAGCAAGCCUUUGCCGCUGUUCAAUCGCUGCGCUCCCACGGACGUGUCCUGUUACUCCAAGUUCGCCGAGGCGGUGGCCACCUUCGUCGGAGACCGCUCCCUCUUGCGCCGAGCGGUCGCCGGCGUGGCGGCCAGCAAGGAGAUCGUCGCGGGACUUUGCGUCCUGGCGCUCGCGCUGUCCAUGUUGCUGACGGUGAUCAUUCGCUACAUCUCCACCAUCCUGGUGUGGAUCCUUACCUCCUUGGCGGUGCUUGGCUCCCUGGCGGGUACCGGCGUUCUCUGGUGGCUCUACGUGGACCGCCGUCUCCACGGAAACCUGACCCGGGCGGCCCCGGAGGACCCGGCGGGCGGGCGCGCCCCCCUGGUCUACGCCGCAUCCGCGUCCGUUUUCACGGCCGUGCUGCUGCUGCUGAUGCUGUUCAUGAGGAAACGCGUGGCGCUGGCCAUCGCUCUCUUCCACGUGGCCGGCAAAGUUUUCGUCCACUUGCCGCUGCUGACGCUGCAGCCGUUCGUCACCUUCCUGGUGCUGCUCCUCUUCUGGAUCUACUGGGUCCUGGUCCUGCUCUUCCUGGGAACCAGCGGGGAGGCGGUGCCGAACGAGGAGGAGGGGCUGACCGAGUUCCGUCUGAGCGGCCGCCUGGAGUACCUGACGUGGUUCCACGGCGUGGGCCUGCUCUGGAUCACCGAGUUCAUCCUGGCCUGCCAGCAGAUGACCGUGGCGGGCGCCGUGGUCACCUACUACUUCACCAGGGACAAAAGGCAACUUCCGGCGUGGCCCGUCGUGCGCUCGGCCUUGCGGCUGCUCAGGUAUCACGUGGGCACGGUGGCCAAAGGCUCCUUCAUCAUCACGCUGGUCAAGAUUCCCAGACUCCUCCUCAUCUACGUGCACAAGCAGCUGAAAGGAAAGGAGAACGCGUGCGCUCGCUGCGCGCUCAAGUCGUGCAUCUGCUGCCUGUGGUGUUUAGAGAAGUGCCUGAAUUAUCUCAACCAGAACGCGUACGCCGCCACGGCCAUCAACGGCACCGGCUUCUGCGCGUCGGCGCGCGACGCCUUCGUCCUGCUGGUGGAGAACGCCUUGCGAGUGGCCACCGUCAACGCCGUGGGAGACUUUGUGCUCUUCCUGGGGAAGAUCCUGAUCGUCGCCAGCACCGCCUUCGCCGGCGUGCUGCUGCUGAACGCGCGCGGAGAUUACGCCGAGUGGCUGCCGCCGCUGCUGCUGGUGUGUCUGUUCGCCUUCCUGGUGGCGCACUGCUUCCUGUCCGUCUUCGAGAUGGUGGUGGACGUGCUCUUCCUCUGCUUCGCCGUCGACACCAAGUACAACGACGGCACGCCGGGAAAAGAGUUCUUCAUGGACAAAGCUCUGAUGGAGCUAGCGGAGCGCAGCAGGCGCUCGGAGCGGGCGGGCGGCCGAGGGCGGACCCGCGCGGAGGAGGCGCCGUCGGAGGGCGCCCGGACCAAAGCCAUGGUGAGUGGAGGAGGAGGCGGUGCCUGGGCGGGCGCCGAAUGGGAGGAGUUCCAGGUCUACUACCUUCUGACGGGCGUCGUCCUGGACUGCGCGCUGACUCCGCGCCCCGACUCGCUCUUGUGCCUCAGCCACGACGUCUUCCUCUUCUUUGUCGUCUACCUGCCCGCAUCGGGCCUCUUUCUCCUCCUGUGCCCGCCGACGGGCGAGGCCGAGCCGGCGGGCUGA